CACACAUAUUCUCUCUCUCUCUCUACUCAUCACAGAUUCACAUAACCUGAGAGAGGUUUAUUUUUUUUCUUUCUUUCUUGUCUCUGAUGUACAAGUCGUGCAAAAGCAGUCUUUGAGAUGCCUGCGUAGGGAAACAAAAGCCCGGACUAUCGAGCCGUGCAUCGUCGGAGCACGAACCCUGCACUCGCGCCCGAACCCGAGCCCGCGAUGCUCAACUCUGUGUGGUACGCCAAAAAGAUGGGCCGACGCAUCAUGGGCACCCUGAGGAGAACCAAGAGACUGCAUCUGCACUUGUUGGUAAGUCUGGACCGUGCCAGGAGCCAAUCACACGUCCUGUGUUGAUGUUUUGAUGGCACGCGCGCGCGUGUGAAGGUAUUCGACUGUAUCGUCAUCUGUUGCAUCUAAUACUUUGCACGCUUUCGAUUUAUGGCUCAGGGGGAUGAAAUGUCUGAUCGGCAGGAAGCCUGGCAUGCGUUUAUAGUCUGGUUAUGCGCUGAUGGAGCAGUGGUGCGUCAUUUCACGGUGGUACGUCAUUGCAAGCAAAAAGAAGAAAACCCGAUACCUAAUCUUUUUUUUUUUUUUUUUUUUUAAACACUUUUUUUUUUUUUUUUUUUUUUUUCCUCUAAAAUCUCAUUACCAGUUCAUUCGGAAAGCGAGCGCUUUUUUACGGGUUGUAUUGCAGCGGCUGUGUGUGAUGAUGGUCUAAUGGAAAACGUGGAAGCGCAUACCUCUACCCCCUGCUGCCUGGCAACCUGCGUGCUCAUGUCAUGCAGCAGUGCUAGGGACCUUUUAUACACACACACACACACACACACACACACACACACAGUUGCUUGUUAAAUGAGUCCCAUGUUAGUGAUGCGAAAAAGAUUGCAGCGUUUUCUCAAUAAUGAUUGAAAAAGUAAUAAUCUGCUGUGUCUGUUGCGCAAAUACCUCCGCCGUCUGUCGCCGUGGAUACGUAUGUAAUUAACGGACGCGUCGCUCGUGUAAAUCGUGAUUACACGUAAUCUUUAACGCGCUGUUGGUUUGAUCAGUAGAUAACGCAGCUCUCGAGAGCUAAUUUUUGUACACAACGAUUUCCCCGAAAUCUUUUUUUUUUUUUUUUCUUUUCUUUUUUUUUUCUUUCUUUCUUUUUAACUUGAUUUAAGGAGCAAAAUUCCUGCAUCCUUAGAGUUCGGAGUUGUUUAGCGGUCAGUCCGGAGAUGAAUUGAAUUAAAUUUGUGUCCUUAUGGACUAUAGUGAGGGGGUAAUGGGAAUCAAAUCGGAUCAUAUUCAUAGGCAGUUUAUGAAAACCGGCUUUCCGUAGAAUAUUUCACGACUUUUUUAUUACUCGGAUGCCGUCUGAGUCCGGACGGCAACCGAUAAAGAGGACCUCCACUCUGAAACGCGUUAAAUGUGUCUUAUAUCGGAAUGUUUGUGGUGCUAAUUUGUUGUAUCGUUGCCCCUGUGAGACGUUGGCGGUUGUGUGUCGCUCUGAUGUCAUAGGGGGACGUCGGUCUUGCUGUCACGGUUACAGUGGCGUUCAAUAGGAGAAAAAGUUCAGCAAUCUCUAACGUAAGUAAGGACGAUGGGGUUUCAGCUCCUAAAAACAAACGAGCAGGAGCUCCCUUUCUCACUCACCGUUUUUUCCAGCCAAGUUCCACCACAGAAGUCGGUCUGAAAGGUCCAGGACGGCCGUACGGCGAUACGGCGCAGUCCUUCCGAAGUAUGGAAGACUCUACAAGCUAAAGAGCGCCACGACUUUGACGGCAGUAUUAGCAUGAAAGUUUACAGAUGAGGAGGUGAGAGAUCUGGACUUUAAAAAAAAAAAAAAAAAAACACCGUUCAACUCAUUACAAAAGAAAUCUCGGACGGCUGGAGAUCGCGUUAAUUAUUAUAAUUAAUAACACGCACGUCAGAAAGCGCUAACGGCUCGACGAGCUCCCCGAGGAGUGAUCCGCAGAGCCUGGGAAAAGAUUUCAGCCAUCAAACCCCGGUCGAUUCUAACAGGUCCACUGGGGUGUCCAGCUUUGCGAUCUCAUUUUCCCCUAUUUUUCCCAGGGUCAUGCUGUUCCUUCCAUCUGCUCUUGCUGCUUCUUCUUUGCUGGCACUGAUGCCCCUGAUUCAUCCAGUGCUGCAGUGUGGUGGUUUAAUUGUCAAUUAGGAAGGUGACAGACAGGACGGCUUAGCUCCAAGGAAAGGCUCUAAACGGGUUUUGCAGGGAUCUCAUUUGACAUGCACACAGUAUGUUCAGGGGUAAUUGGGAAUGUAUUAUUGAUGGCGUGCCAUGUCUGUCAUCAGGGUUUUAUGCUUAGAGCAGAUGAAGAGAUGCUCGGCACUUGUUUCGAUUGCCGUCCCCCGGAUUCGUAGUAAUAAAGUGUUAAAAAUGAUUCCGUACCAGCCGGAGGUCCUAGGUUUAACUGUUUGGCUAUAUUAAAACAUCUGGAGAACCACUUUUCCAGAUUGCUCGAGUAUACCCGACAUCAUACGCAAGCCUAUACUUUGAUGCCUGAGCGAUGAUGACGAUGAUGAUUUUUACCCAGUACACUAAUAAACAUGUCAGCGUAUGAAGCCGAGGGGCGUGUUUACUGAGGCGUAGCCGCAGUCCAGGAGACCGGAGCCUGAGCAGGAAAUCCUGCUGGCUCUCUUAGAUGUGGGAGCUGUUGCCAUGGCUUUGGCUCCCUCAGGAGUGGAAGCAGAGCCUUGUGACAAAAUUACCCGACCCAUCCGACACCUGUGGCACAUCUCCAGAAGAGUCUUGCCGGGAAAGGUCCCCUCGGAUAAGGCGGCAGCGUUUUGUAGACCGAACGUUACGGCUACGAACUCGUACAAGCACGGCGGAACCCUACUGACGAUCCGGAUUGCUUUAAGGACGUUCUGUUUGUGAAGGUUUUUUUGUUUUUUAUUCGUCUUGUAUCAUCCGUUCAGUCUGGGGUUGUGUCUGUCGUUUGGCUUUUUGACUCGAGUUGAACCCGGCGUAGCGAGGAACGGAGUCGUCUGCUGUAAUUCAAUUGCUGGCCUCCACAUUUACAGUUUGAUUGAUGUCUGUUGAGGGACACAAGGGUAUUACUAUAGCAACUGAGAAAGAUUGGCUGUCAGUUCUUGAUGAGUUCCACGAUUGAUUCUUUCUCCUAGCGUGUCAUCACCAGCUAUUCAUGAAACAUAGCCGGUUUGUACGAGAACUGGUACUCUUGAGUAGAUAUUUCCUUUCUGGCUCGACUUUCGGCAGGAAACAUUUGUCCGUGCCGUAUCUGGACCGUUGGGUGCGGCUUAGUGGGCGUGCGGGAGCCUCUGAAGGAUCCUGGGGUCACGAGGACGUUGCACAGAUGAGACCACCAGAUACAGCCCAACACAGGAAGCCGCUUUCAUAAUUAAGGAAAUUGUUCAUAAACGCGCUCAUUCCCCCUUUGCCUUAGGCUAGAUUUGUGUUCGUCAGUGCAGCGCUCUGGAUUCUGGAUCAGAGCGCAUUCACUGGUGAUGAACUACAUCUUUGGUGGGAAUGCGUUGUACUCUAGGGGGAGUCGUGGCGGGAGCACCAGCUCAGCCCAUGGCAGCUCGGUGGGACCGAGACUUCGUCAGUGGUCCAUGCGGAGCUCCUGCGAGGAGCCUGCCGAGCCCAAUCCAUCUCGCUGGCGCCGCAUCCUCAACAUCCUGACUCGCCUCAAUGCCUUCACUAACUGCGUCAUAGCGAGAGUCAACCAGCAGACAGAUGCCACCCCUCCCUCCACUCCCAUAAUCCCCGUGAUCCCAAUCUCGCCUGUCCCUGCGGAGGCCGCUGUCAUCCCUUCACCGACGUCACAGGCGAAUCCUCCUCCCGUCGUGGUGAAUACGGAAAGCCUGGAUUCAGCCCCAUACGUGAACGGCACGGAAGCGGACUAUGAGUACGAGGAGAUUACGUUGGAGAGGGCAAAUUCCGGGCUGGGCUUCAGCAUCGCAGGUGGCACAGAUAACCCUCACAUUGGAGAAGACCCCAGCAUCUUCAUCACCAAAGUGAUCCCAGGGGGCGCCGCUGCUCAGGACGGGAGACUUCGCGUGAACGACGUUAUCCUGCGCGUCAACGAGGUGGACGUUCGGGAUGUGACCCACAGCAAGGCGGUGGAGGCGCUGAAGGAGGCCGGAUCGCUGGUCAGGCUGUAUGUCAGGAGGAGGAAAUCCGUCUCGGAGAAAAUCGUCGAGAUCAAACUGGUUAAAGGACCUAAAGGUCUUGGUUUCAGUAUAGCAGGCGGCGUAGGCAAUCAGCACAUACCGGGAGACAAUAGCAUCUACGUCACCAAGAUCAUCGAAGGAGGCGCCGCACACAAAGACGGCAGGCUGCAGAUCGGAGACAAACUCCUGGCUGUGAACAGUGCGUGUCUGGAGGAGGUGACCCACGAGAAUGCCGUGACUGCCUUGAAAAACACUACAGACGUGGUGUACCUGAAAGUGGCCAAACCCAACAGUGUCUUCAUGAACGACAGUUUCGCCCCUCCUGACGUCACUAACUCUUAUUCCCAACACAUGGAGAACCAUAUCAACGCCCCCAACUACCUGAACCAGCCGCUCCCGCCGUCCUCCUCUGGACGCUUCUCACCUACACCCAAGAGCCCAAACGGGGACGACGAAAUGCCGAGAGAGCCGAGGAAAGUAGUGCUACACCGUGGCGCCACAGGACUGGGCUUUAACAUCGUAGGUGGAGAGGACGGAGAGGGAAUUUUCAUCUCCUUCAUUCUAGCAGGAGGUCCUGCCGACCUGAGCGGAGAGCUGAGGAAAGGAGAUCGCCUCGUCUCGGUGAACGGAGUGGACCUACGCAGCGCUACUCACGAACAGGCAGCGGCUGCUCUCAAAAACGCCGGACAGACCGUCACCAUCAUCGCCCACUUCAGACCAGAGGAGUACAGCCGUUUCGAAGCAAAGAUCCAUGACCUGCGGGAACAGAUGAUGAACAGCAGUAUCAGCUCCGGGUCCGGUUCUCUGAGGACCAGCCAGAAGAGAUCACUAUACGUCAGAGCCCUGUUUGACUAUGAUAAAACCAAGGACUCCGGCCUGCCCAGUCAGGGCCUGAACUUUAAAUUUGGUGACAUCUUGCACGUGGUGAACGCCUCCGAUGAUGAGUGGUGGCAGGCGAGGCAGGUCACCGCCGAAGGCGAGGUCGAGGAGAUGGGAGUCAUCCCCAGCAAAAGAAGAGUGGAGAAAAAAGAGAGAGCACGGUUAAAAACAGUCAAGUUCAACUCUAAAUCGCGAGAGAAAGGGCAGUCCCUCAAUGACAAGCGUAGAAAGAACCUCUUUUCCCGCAAGUUCCCUUUCUACAGGAACAAGGAGGCGAGCGAGCAGGAAACGAGCGAUGUGGACCAGCAUGUGACCUCUAAUGCCAGUGAUAGUGAAAGUAGUUACCGUGGCCAAGAGGAAUAUGUACUAUCCUACGAGCCCGUGUGCCAGCAAGAAGUCAACUACACUCGUCCGGUGAUCAUCCUGGGGCCCAUGAAGGACCGAGUCAACGAUGAUCUGAUCUCCGAGUUCCCCGACAAAUUUGGCUCCUGCGUUCCUCAUACGACGCGGCCGAAGCGCGACUACGAAGUGGACGGCCGCGAUUACCAUUUCGUGGUGUCUCGAGAGCAGAUGGAGCGGGACAUCCAGGAGCACAAGUUCAUCGAGGCGGGCCAGUACAACAACCACCUCUACGGCACCAGCGUGCAGUCCGUACGCGAAGUGGCUGAAAAAGGUAAACACUGCAUACUAGACGUAUCCGGCAACGCCAUCAAGAGACUACAAGUUGCUCAGCUCUAUCCCAUUGCCAUCUUCAUCAAACCAAAAUCAGUGGAGAAUAUCAUGGAGAUGAACAGGAGGCUGACAGACGAGCAGGGCAGAAAAACGUACGACAGGGCCAUGAAGCUGGAGCAGGAGUUUACCGAGCACUUCACAGCCAUUGUCCAGGGAGACACAUUGGAAGAAAUCUACGAUCAAGUCAAGCAAAUUAUCGAGGAGCAGUCUGGACCAUACAUAUGGGUACUAUCCAAGGAGAAGCUAUGAAGCGCUGCAAAGCAAAUCUAUUCUAGCUUUUCUGUUUUAUUUAUUAUUCUUUUUUUUUCCCCCCUCUGUAUUUUUUUAUUUUUUUUCCUGUUGACAAUUUACUCCCUGAUCCCGAUUCAGUCCGGCCCCAAUCUCAGUUCACAGAGACACUUCGGUAGGUGUCCCACAGGACUGGAUGCGUCGUCCCCUUUCCGAUCUCAACUGCUUCUGCUUUACACACACUGAGAGAGAGAGAGAGAGAGAGAGAGAGAGAGAGAGAGAGAGGCGGGGGUGCGGGUGCAGGUGCGGUCAUGCCACGCCAAACCUAACAUCCGUUAGCAGGACUUUGGAAACGGUACAAUUCCUUAAUGUUUAAGGGAGGAUACUUUUAGCAGAAGAAGAGAUACGCGGACUGAGCUGGAUCCUUUCUUUUCCUUUUUCCUCAUUGUGUAUGAUGUUGAUACAGAGGUUAAAUCUCAGGCAUCGGAAUCAUAAAAUAGCAGAAAGAUAAUUACAAAAGCAAAACUUUGCACGUUAUAGCUUUAAGAGCAUGUCGUCUUUGACCUUCCGUUUUCUCUUUCUUUUUUUUCCCUUCCUUUCCUCCAUACUUCCAUGUUUCACAUUUAUCAUAGUUUGUUUUGUUGUUUUUUUCCAUUACACUUUCUGUUCAUCAAUAUCCGGGAGCUUGUCAUUUUUUCUUUUUUUUUUUUUUUUUUCUUCUUCUUCCCGACCACAAUGCAUUUGUACAGGAACGAUUCACGUGCGGUCAUCAUUGUCAAAACUGUUCUUUUUUUUCCUUUCUUCAUCCCCCCCCCCUCCCCCCACAGUGUCUUACAUACAGAACAUCGAUGUUACUUUGAUUUUUCCAUGUACGGAAGUCUGCCAUUUGUAAGGAACUGCCAUUUUAAGAGAUGUCCGUGUACAUCUGUGGCUUAAAAUGCCAGCGCGUAGCCGAAAGAAAAUUUAUUGUACAAUGAAAUCUUAACAGAUAUUUAACCCUCCAUGAACUGCCUAUUUUGUUAUAAUAAAAGUCUAUAGUGUACUUUACUUAAGCACUAGUACUGCAGGAGUUAUUUUCUUUACAACGCGAGGCGUAAAAAGGAACGAGGAAUUUUUCAAAGACUUAUAAUAUGGAUAUAUAUAUAUUUUUCCCUUUUUUUUUUUUUUUUUCUUUUCGUUGGCCUUCUUUAUCUUCUUACACUGACGCAGGAAGUGAGGUGCGUCACUGUGAAGAGCGAACUCUCUCACACUGUCUUUACCUCCGUCCGAGCUCUGUAAACGUCUGCGCCGUGUGGUAGAGCCGAGGUCCGGCGGGUUUUUUUUUUUUUUCCCUCUCCCCCCCCCCCCAAGGUGGGUCCCGGUGGACUUUGGAACGCAUCGGGCCAAACCUCCUGCUUUUCCGAAGCUGUCCAGGAGAGGACGCUGCUCUGCCUGUUCUUCUCACGCCCGGGUUGUUUUCUAUACCGAGACUGCUCGUUCUACCACCUCUGCUUUUUAGGGACACUUUGGGACUGAAAAAUAAAUCCAUGUAAAUAACCUACUGAUCUGAUUCAUUCCAUUGAUCCGAACAAACCGGAGGAGGGACGGCUGAUUCAACAAAUAAAACAGUUUCUCAUACAGCAAAGUGUUUGUGUG